AUGCUGUCAAGAACUAUAAGAAAUCAAUCGCGUAAUUUCAGUAGACAAGUCAAUCCCUUGUUGAAUCAAAAUAACACCAAAACAAAGCAAGGACGCGCCAAUGAAAUCAUUGAAGCAGUCUUGUAUGGAUCAAAAAAGAUCAAAGAAAUUGAAAAUCAAACACAUUCAAAAGUUUUAGCAAGAGGAAAAUACGUACAUGAACUCCAAAUUCAUAAGAUCAAGCCAGAUAAAGUAGACGAAUACGUUGACUUGGUAUCCCAACAUCUUCCUAAAAUAGCCAAUGAUCCAUCAAAUGAUGUUCAUUUAUGUGGAAGCUGGUCUAUUGAAAUAGGAGAUCAAGAUUCGUUUGUUCACAUUUGGGAGUACAAAGGAUAUCCGGGCCAUAAACAUACGCACGAUAAGCUUUGCCAAGAUCCUGAUCAUGCCCAGUUUCUUAAGAAAUUACGGCCUUUAUUAAUCAAGCGUGAAAACGGGAUUAUGCUUGAAUUUGAGUUUUGGCAAACAUCUCCUCCUAAAGUUACAAAUGGCAUAUUUGAACUUCGUAAAUACAACUUGAAGCCUGGCAGUUUGUUAGAAUGGGAAAUGCAUUGGCGGAAAGGACUUGAAUGUCGCCGUCAAUUCUGUGAACCUAUUGGUGCUUGGUUUACUCAACUUGGUGAGCUGAAUACUGUCUAUCAUAUGUGGACUUAUCCAGACUUGCAAGACAGAAAGACUACGCGUGAAGAUGCUUGGAACACAGAGGGCUGGGCAGAAACUGUCCACAAGACAGUGCCCUUAGUAAACCGCAUGAGUUCUUUUAUUAUGAAACCAUUGCCUCAUAGUCCCAUUCGAUAAGGCUUUUUUAUUAUUAUUAUUAAACUUUUGCAAAACAUAAUGUGGCAUUUGUAC